AUGGAACAGAAUCAACCAACAACGAAUCAUCAAGCACACCAAGACGAUUCUUCAUCAUCGACUCAUCAACAACAUUUGAACCACAACGGUAUUUCAUAUCGGAACAGCCUUCUACAACAACCAACCGCAUACCCCCAACCAUCACUGAUAAACAAUGGACAAUUUUAUCAUCCUUUGCACCCUCCUACUACGAUGAUGCAGCAACAACAAGGCUUUUCUUCUUUCAAUAAUUUUAAUCUUCCAAUUCCCUAUCCUCUUCAACCACCCGUGAUGUUGUAUCCAUACAAUUCCAACACAUCCAAUUACCCACCUACAUCGGGUUUGAUGGGUUCUCAUCCUCAUCAUCAGCUCUUCUUUCCUCCAAAUCCUUUCAACCAAAUUCCUCAAAAUGUACCACAGCCAAAUCCCCAACAACAACCACAACUGGCUCUUUCCAAACCACUUUCCAACAACACACUAGAAGAAGAAAAUAAUUUGAUGCACUCUACAUUGCAGCAAAAGACUAUUCUUUCAGCCUCGGAGCAGCUCAUUGUGGAGUCCAUCAAAUUAUAUCAACUGCAAAAUCAACUCUAUUUGAAUCAAGUAUCACAUGCAAAAGACUAUGAAUACCAUCUCUUGAAAGUAUCAAAUGAUUUAGAGAAUAUUAAAUCACUCCAUGAAGAAGUGAAGGAACUGAAAGAAGAAAUUGCAAAAUUAACUCGAAAGAAAAACAAAUUAUUGAAAAAGACCAACCUUGUGGAUGAAGAAACGAAAAUGGAUGAAGAAAAUGAUCAACAGGAAAGUUUAGAAGAUGCCCAAUUAGAUGAAAAGGUAACGAAAUUGUUAAACGGUAAUUACGAAGCUAUGAAGACCACUCGACACUAUGGACUUGCUUUUCAAAAUUCUUCGUUUUUGCUGAACUCGGGCCAAAACAGUAACAAUAUUCCAAUCAUUUAUAAUUCCAUGCAAGGAGUAACUGCCACCACUAACAACCAUCAACAACCUUUGACUGAUGCAAACGUAAUCAUGAAUGAUCGUGUCAGAUCUCCUCCUGUUGCAGCCACCACCACUUCGUUGCCAUCAUCAGUACGUACCGAUCCACCUCCUCAAAUCUCCUCAAUUUUAUCAAACUCCAACAUUGCCACUACAACUAAUGUCCAUAAUAAUAAUAACAAUCAUAAUACAACUGAAACUACAGCCUCAACUCAUGAUGAACCAUUAAGAAAUGGAGAUUCACAUCAUGAUUCACCAGCAAUAAGCAUUACAAACUCGAGCUUACGAUUUACAAGCAGUACUACUCAUCAUCAUGGUACUGUGGAAUCCAUCGCAACAACAACAAAUUCUGUGUUAGAAAAGAGGUCUAGGACAAAUGACACAUCAUCUUCAGUACUCAAGAAAAAGAAAGUAAUAGAAGAAAUUGUAGAGGUUGAGGAUCAAAAUGAUUCCUAUGAAACAAAGUUUCCUCUAUGUUAUUCAAAUGAAAAGAAGCAAGAAAUUGAAAAGCAAAAGAAACAACACUUGAAAAAUCGAUACAAAGAUGAAGAGUAUUUAGUGUUGCCAAAACCCACACAACCACUUUCUGUUCAUCGAGAAGAAGAAGAACAUCAAGAGAAUGAACAAGACAUUACGAUUGAAAAAUCACCCACCCUCCAUCGACCACCAUUGGUUGUGAAUUUAGUAGAGGAUGGAGGACAUUCUCUAGUUGGAGAUGACAUUUUGUACAUGUCUCUAGGACUUGGAGGUAAUAAGAAAAUGAAACAAGAAGAAAAAGAACAACAACCAAAUACAACUGUUCCAUCUCCUUCAUUGAACAAUAGAGUUCAUGCCUCAAACUCUGCAUCAAAGGUUGGAGCUUCUUCUUCACCUCCAAAUUAUACAAAUUUAACAACCAUGAGAGUUCAUUCCAACAAACCAACUUGUACAAGCAGCAGUCAUGAAAAGAACACACCAACUGGAUCCAAGCAAGCAAUUGCUUCUCCUCUAAUGACAUCUUCUCACCUCAAUAGUGAAGACGAAGAAGAAUAUUCAAAAUAUUUCAAAUCUCCAAAACACAAAAAGAGACAUGCAACACCAGGACAUGAUUAUUCUUCAGGGAGCUUUUCUUCAAAAUCUCUUUCCAAACAACCACCAUCAUCACUUCCAUUCAAUACAUCUCCUCCGUUGUUAGUUUCCACUGCUCCACCAACACCACCUCAUUAUUGGGAUUUAAAUAGUAUUGAAGAAACUCAAGAGAGUCAUUCAAAAGAGAGUGAAUUGGCAAAGGACACAACAAAAGCACUCCCAUCCACCAAUCAUCGCAUAGAAGAGGACGAGGAGGAAGCGUUUUCAAAAAGCUACUAA